AUGGAAUCCAAAACUGUCACUCUUGUCGGCGUCUUUCGUGCUUAUUCGGCAAUAAGUUUCGCCGCUCAACAGCUGGGUUAUGUGGCGGCCUUUGCACCAGACUCACGGAAGGCGAAAGAGUCCGGUCAACGCAUUGUUGGAAUUAUUAAUCGGAUACCCAACCUCCAGCCUGAUGAAGGCGAAUUUCCUGUAGUUCCAUUCAAAGGCAAUGUCUCCUUCACAAAUGUUCACUUCCGCUAUCCAACACGGAAGAAGGUUAAAGUUCUUCGGGGCUUCACCUACACAGUAACACCGGGAACAAGCGUGGCUCUAGUAGGUCAGUCAGGAUGCGGUAAAUCAACAGUGCUCCAAUUGGUGCAACGUUUCUACGAUCCAACUCUGCGAUCAGCCUCCACGAGUGGGGCCAUCUUUUUGGACAACAUGAACAUACGCGAUCUCGCACCCACGUGGAUUCGUCGACAAAUUGGAGUGGUGUCGCAGGAGCCGAACCUUCUUGAUCUCACUAUUGGUGAGAAUAUCGCCUAUGGCCUCACUUUUGAGGCGAAUCCACCCUCCAUGGAGCAGAUUAUAGAGGCGGCCAAACAGGCGAAUGCACACAACUUCAUCAUGAAUAUGCCUCAGGGUUACGACACACCAGUGGGGCCACGAGGCUCCCGCCUCUCGGGUGGACAGAAGCAACGAAUCGCUAUUGCACGAGCUUUGGUGCGCAAUCCACGACUACUGGUGUUGGACGAGGCAACAGCAGCUUUGGACAACGAGAGUGAGCGUGUUGUUCAGGCAGCAUUGGACGAAGCUAUGCGUCGUGGUGAUCGCACCACUCUGGUGGUGGCACAUCGACUCACCACUGUUGAGAACUGUGACUGUAUUGUGGUGCUGGAGAAUGGACGCUGUGUGGAGAGUGGCUCCCCUGCAGCUCUUAUGGAGGCUCGAGGCGCCUACUACUCCCUUCAUAACAUCAACGCCUAG